AGUUUUAAUAUAAGUUAUUAUAAAUUUUCUUUUAUUACAAGUUUUUAUUAUUUAGAGAUUUGGAUCUGGAUGUAUGCUACAAUAUUUAUAACAAUAUCAGUUUUUUUAUUUUGACAAAAGCCUGCCUCAAACCAUAGGUAAGGGAUUCAUACUGAUUUUUACUCAAGGUUCGAUUUGGCAGUAUUGAUUACAAAGACCUAGGUGCAUAUUUUAUUUCCUCCGAAUUUUGCAAGGUUUGUUAAGGAAAGUCUUGAAUUUUGCAUGGCAGGGCUUGUUUAUUCUUCAUUUCAAAUACUGUAACCAGAGGGAUAAAAUGAAAAGUAUAUGUUUUUUUUUAAAGGUUUGGUAACACCGGAACUACAAGUUGACCAUUCCUCUAUCAGUUCUACUUCAGUUCUAGUACAUUGGUCACAUACUACUGAAAUACAAUCUAACUAUUUUCUCACAGUGAGGUAUAAUGCCAGUGGUGAGGUUGCUAAAGCAUAUGGAGUAGUUGGGCCCCAAACAACCAUAAAUGACCUACAACCUGGUAUUGGCUAUUCAGUUUCUUUGUAUUCAUUUUCAGUCGGAAUCAGGAGCCUUGAAAGCAGACCAGUUUACUUUUAUACAGUACCGCUUCCACCUGUACUUAGCAUUCGAAGAAUCGAAUUGGCUUCUAUUACACUGGAAUGGACACCUGUAGUAGGUGCUCAAUACUACAUAGCAAGCUAUAGAGAUGCAAGUUCCCUUAUUACUAUUCAAAAUGUCACCACCUCAUUUAUUUAUAUUGGAAACCUUGUUCCAUCAAGCCAAUAUUGGUUCUGGUGCCAAAGUGUUGGAGUUACAGGACUUAAUAGCAACUUCAGUGCUAUUGUUUCUGCUUACACUGCGCCACCCAAUCCAGAGAAUAUUACGGCAACGACUGUAACUGAUACUUCAAUUACUAUUCAAUGGCAACCUCAAACAGCUGCACUCAGAUAUAUGGUGACUGUGACUUCUCAAGCUUUGGGUAGCGUUAGAGUUGAGAGAGUUGUACAACAGACACGUUUUACUGUUAAUGGUCUGUUACCUGGAUCAAAAUACAGAUUUAUUGUUUAUUCUAUUGGAGCAGCCAAUGUUAGUGAUCGUAAUGCUGUUUCUCCAAUUACCAUCCAAUCAGUGCCACAUGCUCCAACUCGAUUAGCUGUCACUCGAGUUACACCAAACAGCUUGUAUCUACAGUGGCAAGUUGCUGAAGGUGCAAAGAGUUACCACAUCACAACUCACAAACUUGUUUCUGGUGAAAUGAUAAAUGCAACUAUGAUAUCACUUACUUCAAUCACACCCGCCAUACUUUUGGAAGAUUUAUCUCCAGGUUGUAUGUAUCAGAUCAAAAUUAUCACUGUAGGGGAAAGUGAUAGAACAAGUUCCAACUUCAUUCUUAUCACUGAUUCUACAUUUCCUGUUAGACCAAAUAAACCUUCCCUCAUUAAUUUGAACAUGACAAGUGUGAGAGUGAAACUACAGCAAGUGGAAGGGGCACAGACAUACCUCCUUAAUGUACAUAAUCAUGAAGGCACAAGGGUUCAGAAUAUUCAAACAGAGCCUAAUGAAGCUAUGGAAAUAACAAACUUGGAAUCCGGAACAAUUUACAAGUUAUCUGCUUAUUCUGUCAAUAGAUUUGGUAAAAGAAAUCCUGUUGCCAGUGAGGAGCUAGUUUUACAAACAGCACCGUUUGCUCCUGAAGUUGGUUGGUUCACUAACACUACAAAUAGUUCAACUUUGUACAGAUGGCCUGAUGUUUUAGGUGCUGUAUCUUACAAUUUAUACAUAAGGAAAGACAUGCCUGGCAAUAAUAGUCAAACAGAGCAUUAUUCCACAAUUGUUCCAUUCUACUUUGUAUCUGGUCUUAGUAGUGGAACCAAAUAUUUCUUUCGAUUACAAAGUGCUGGAAUUAACAACUCGCUUAGUAACAUUGGACAAGAAGUUUACGAACAUACAAUUCCAUCUCAUCCUGCUAAUCUACGCAGUCAAUAUGUAAGAAGAAAUUCAAUUUUAUUAAUUUGGGAACCAAGCAAAGGUGCAAUGAAAUAUCGUGUAAUGGUGGAAUCUGGGGGUAUAAUGCAAAACUUUCAAACUGAAACAUCAACAAUUGUCAUUAAUAAUCUAACUCUUGGUACAUGGUACAAUAUUAGUGUAAGAUCUGAAGACCCCUAUGAACGAUUAAGUAUGGAGUCUUCCACAAUAACAAUUCAAACUGUUCCCAAUCCACCAAAUAAUCUCCAAAUUGUCGAAAUAAAGAAAGAUAAAUUGAGAAUAACUUGGAAAGAAAUGCAAGGUGCUGCAACAUAUGUUGUGACACAUUCAAACUCUGAUACCAACAUCACAAAAGUUUCACGAGUAGCCACAAAUCAUCUUACUCUGUUUGGUUUAACUGCUGGUACUAGGUAUUUAAUAUGGAUAAGAAGUAUUGGUUUUCAAAAUCAAAGCAGUAUUGAAUCAAACAUUCUAACAGCCUGGACAUUGCCAGCGCGCCCAUCUUUACCUUACCUUGUAACUGUUGCAUCGCAAUCAGUCAGUGUGGAGUGGGGUUCAGUCAAAGGUGCUGUAAGCUAUGUGCUUACAAUAUACUCUAGUAAUGACCUUGAUCUUAAAACACAAUCUGUGACAUCACCUUUUAGUAGAAUUAUCGGAUUAUCAUCAGGAACUUGGUAUAAUGUAACAGUGGUCUCUGUUGGUGUACAUGGGCAAAAUUCUAAUGCAAGUGCUGUUCUAACAUUUCAAACUGUUCCAGUAGCUCCAGACAAUUUAAUUGUGAGCGGGAUAUCUACGUCCAGUAUGACAGUCUCAUGGAAUAGCAGUAUUGGAGCUUCUUAUUAUGAUGUCACUACAACAUAUGUGGAUUACAACAUUACUAUAAAACAACUACAAACCCAUUUGCAUGAAAUAAGUUUAGAAAAUCUUCAACCUGGUUCUUUGUACAAAAUUGAAGUUAGAAGUGUUGGAGAAGAGAUUAUAAGAAUUUCUCCGCCUGCUUUUGUUACAGAAGAAACUGUUCCAGAUUCACCAGUUAAUGUUUCUGUUCUUGCUGUUAACUCAACCAGUGUGGAAAUAUCUUGGAAUAUUGUGAAAGGUGCUCGUAGCUACAUUAUACAACAAACAGAAGUAUCCAAUCUUACAACUUUAAACAUUGAGUCCAAGGAAAAUAUUGUUAUAAUAAAACAACUGAUGCCAGGUUCAGAAUAUCAGUUUAAAAUAUUUUCUAUUGGCAAGUACCGAAAACAAAAUGUGAAUGGAAGUCUACCAGUUACUGUACACACAAAUCCGUCUUCACCUUUAUCAUUAAGAUCUGUAAAUAUUGGUACUCGUCAAAUUUCUCUUCAGUGGAAUGCAGUUCAUGGAGCUAUUUCUUAUAUGUUGUUGACUACAUAUAAUAACAGUGAUGGAGAAACUCAAUCCUUACAAAGAAAUACGAACCACACCGUUAUGGUUGUUGAUGGUUUGCAUGCUGGUGUUGAAUGUAACUUCACGGUAGUUGCAGUUGGUAAAAGUGGACAAACAAGUCAACCAUCACAAACACUGGUUGAGAUCACAAGACCAAAUAUCCCAACACAACCUGAAGUUAUCAAUUUCACUUCAACAUCUUUAACACUGAACUGGACGUGGGUGAGAGGUGCAACAAGUUAUAUAAUCAAUGUUUCAUCAAUUGCUGAUGUUGUCAUUGUAAUGUCAUCAUUCAAGCCAUAUACCGUUGUUAAUCUUACCAGUGGUGUGUUACAUAAUAUUGUGAUGACCUCAGUUGGAACUUCAGGUCAUCAAAGUUUACGUUCUUCCCAAGCAAUUUCACAUUAUACCUUACCAACCCCACCAAGUGGUGUAAUGUCAUUUUCAAGUAACAAUAUCAUCAGAUUAUCUUGGAAUGAAGUCACAGGAGCCAUUGGUUAUAAUAUACAAGUUAAAAAGAGUAAUGUCAGUUUGUUCAAUGUGACGACGUCCAACACAAGUUACGAGUUCAACCAUCUGGACAGUGGUACAACAUAUACGUUUCUUUUAAAAACAACUGGAAAUUAUCGACGUUUAAGUGGCUAUCAUACUUUUGCCGAGGAAACCACACUGCCAGAUUCACCAAGUGAAAUAAUUGCAUGGAAUAUUAGCCACACAUACAUGUAUAUCAGAUGGAAUUCCAUGAGAGGUGCCUAUUAUUACAAUGUGAAAUACACAAGCAGAGAUCAGAACGUGACAUUACAUAACAUCACAAGUUACCCAACAAUUGCAUUGAUUGGCUUGCUGCCUGGAAUUUAUUAUGAUAUUGAAGUUACCUCUAUAGGAAACCAUAAUAGGAGUAGUUUGAAAAGCCCAUUAACAUCUGUUCAAACAGUUCCCCUUCCCCCAUCUAAUAUUACUUUAACAACAACAACAACAACGUCUAUAUCAUUUAGGUGGCCUCGAUCUGAAGGGGCGGGAAUGUAUUAUUUGAAAGUUCAGCUUUAUAAUGCGUCAUUGAAUGUUUAUCAAUUUCAAACUUUAUUUGAGAAUUCGACUACAAGUAAUAAUUUCAACGUAACAUCACUUAGUCCCGGCACAACAUAUUAUAUCACAAUUGCAAGUGUCGCUACACAACUGCGUCAGUUAAGUCCAGCUGUUGCCACAUUGACUGAAAGUACAUUGCCAAACAAUGUUCAACAAGUAAGGGUUACUAUUGUUACUGAACUUUCAGUUUCUUUGGCCUGGAUAGAAAGUAAAGGUGCUCUUCAUUACAAUGUUCUAUUAAAAAAUAAUGAAACAAAUGAAGUGGUAAAUUAUAUUUCUUAUAAAAGUAGUAUAUUUGUUGAUCAACUUUCACCUGGUGUGGUGUAUGUCUUUGUUGUAUUCUCUGUUGGUGCAAAGAAUCGAACAAAUCCUAGAGGAAGUGAAUUAACCGUUGUACAAACAAUUCCUUUAGCACCGAGGAACAUCCGAAUAUUGUUGGUUGCAACAGAUGAAAUUACUGUUGGCUGGGAUGACACUCAUGGUCGUUCGCAUUUUAUUCUGAGUAUUUGGUUUUAUGGAUCACCGGUUGACAGUAUUAGAGAUAUAGUUACAACUGCAACAAAUGCUACAUUCACUGGUUUGAUGUCAGGCAGUAGAUACACAUUUUAUGUUCGAUCUGUUGGUUUAUACAAUGUAACCAGUAAUACAAGUCAACAAGUUUCUCAAAUGACAGAUCCAUUACCACCAACCCACCUGUACAUCAAAAACAUUACUUUUAGAAGUGUCAAUCUUGUUUGGACACCUGUGAGAGGGGCAAGCUCAUAUGAUAUUCUAUUCACAAGUAUAAGAAGUAACCACACUCUUGAAUAUCAUUCAUCAAUGUUUAAUACAACAUUCACUGGAUUGCAAUCUGGAACACAUUAUGAUGUCACAGUAUUUUCAAUUGGAAUCAACGGUUUUAAGAAUAAUAAUGGAAGUAGUAAACAGAGAUUUCAAACAGCGCCCCUGCCCCCACAAAAUCUGCUUGCUUUAAACAUCACAUCACAUUCCAUGACAUUAAUGUGGACAAGUGUAGUAGGAGCACAUUCAUUCCAAGUCAACAUACAUCAUGUCAGUAACAAGACUGUAUUUUUUUCUACAAGUGUUGUAGUCAAUGAAACAAAGUAUACUGUGUUAUCUGAUCCUGGAACAGAGUAUAUAUUUAAUGUAGCAGCCAUCGGAGAUAAUGCUAUCAGUGAGAUCUCUGAAAGUAUUUAUUCUGCCACAAUGCCUGAUGCGGUUACAGAGAUUUAUUUGGUAAAUGUGUCAAUCAAUCAAGCAACAGUACAGUGGAAACCAGCUUCUGGUGCACAUAGUUAUAUGUUGCGGGUUACCAAUCUUUAUAGAAACACAGUUCAAACGGUUCAAACUAAACAAAUUCAUGCAACUGUGACACAAUUAAGUGCUGGAACUUGGUAUGAAUUUAAUGUUAUUUCUGUUGGAGCAAAUAAUAUGACAAACUCAAACUCUCAUUAUAAUGCUCGUGGUCAAACAAUUCCUCAUGCUCCAAGUCAUGUCGAAGUAACAUUAAUAACAACAACCUCAAUUGAAAUGUCUUGGAAUUCUGUACAAGGUGCUGCAAAUUACACCAUCAUGGUGAUCCAUAUUAAUGACACCAUUAUUGUGACAUCAUCACUGGUUAAUUCAAUGACAUUAAUGGAUUUGGCAUCUGGCACAAGUUAUGAUAUAAUGUUAAGGAGCGUUGGUGAAGAAAACCAGAUUUCAUUUGAGAAUUUUACCUUUCAUGAAACAACACUUCCAUCUUCAGCGUCGAAUAUCAGCUUUGUAACAAUUUCAACGAACUAUGUUUUCAUGACAUGGGAUCAACCGAAAGGUGCUGUUGGAUAUAUUAUUCAAAUAAAAGAUGUAAAUAUGAAUCAUUUGUCAAAUGUCUCCACGGAUAAACCUAAUGUGACAAUUUCUUCACUCAUACCUGGGACAUGGUACCAAUUCAUAAUUUUCUCUGUUGGAAAGGAUGUGAGAAUCAACCAAGUUGGUAGCAAUCCAGUGUUGAAACAAACAUUGCCAUCAAAAGUUUCUAAUAUUUCAUCGUCAGAAGUUGGAAUAUCCAGUUUUAGGUUAAGUUGGAAAAAUAUAACGGGAUCGAGUAGGUAUGACAUCACAAUACACAACAAAACCUUUCAUACAAAUGAUACUUCAUUACUGGUUAGCUCACUAAAUCCAGGAUCUGUUUAUGAUGUCACAAUUGUAGCCAUAGGUGAAGAAAAUAACUAUGGAGAAACCUCAGCUACUUACACCAUCCACACAUUACCAAAUCCUCCUCAACAACCAGAUGUCAGUAAUGUGUCAACAACAAGUGCAUUUAUUCACUGGCAAAAUAUUCAAGGAGCAACAGCAUAUAUGCUUUGUGUAAUGGUUGAUAAAUUGAAAGUGCAAGAAAUAAUCACAAAUGAAACAGAAGUUACUUUAACUGACCUAUCACCUGGUACCAUAUAUGGACUCACUUUGUUUUCAAUUGGUUAUAACGGAGCUUUAAACACACAGGGAAGUUUAAUAACCAUGCAAGAGACAGCACUUGACAUUCCAAAUGGUUUGUUAGUAAUCCAAGCAACAACUACUUCAGUUACACUAUCAUGGAACAGUGUUGAAGGUGCUUUGUCUUACAUAAUUCAAAUUGGAAGUAAUGCCACCGAUGAAAGCGUCAAUAUGACAUCACAACUACGCACAGCAACUGUAUUUGGAUUAGAAAGCGGCUCUUCUUAUUGGUUUAGAGUGGCUGCUUUGAGCCAAUCAAAUAGCUCAAGUCAAGUUUCAAAUAGAAUUUAUGGAAGUACAUACACCGAGCCACCUGGUGUAGUAGAAAUAUAUGAUGUUUCAACAACAAAUAUUACCUUGAUAUGGCAAGCUGUGCGAGGAGCUUUUGCUUACUCUGUCACAACGAAACAGAUUGAUGCAAACAUUAAUGUAACCACCAUCACCAAUUCGCCCAAUGCAACAUUAACUUCACUCUUACCCAGCACUUGGUAUAUAUUUACUGUUUAUUCUAUUGGGAGGAGUGUGGGUAUAAACACAAACGGAAGUUCGCCGGUAAUGCAGCAAACAGCGUCUGGUGUGCCAAGAAAUGUUGAAGUGCUUGCUGUUACCGAUUAUACAAUCACUGUAAGAUGGAAUCCAGUGGAAGGUGCAGAGAGUUAUGUUGUGAAGAUUCGAUCUGAUGAUGUCAGUGUAAAAAAUGAUGAAGUCAACUCGACAAACACGACCAUGUUAAUCAGCUCACUUCUACCAGGAAACAAAUAUCGGUUUACAGUAAAAUCUCUAUUUUAUGAGAUAAUGAGUAAUGAGAGUCAUGAGGUAGAGGGGACAACUCUUCCUGUUUCACCAAGAAUAAUUCAUAUUGUUUCAAUGACAACCUUAAUACAUCUAACAUGGGAGCAUACAAAAGGUUCUAUUUAUUAUGCAACAACCACCACUGAAAUUAAUUCAUUAGAAAGAGAAGAUAUCACUUACACAAAUUCCAUUUUUCUUGCCAACCUUCUUCCUGGUCGCUUGUAUAACAUCACAGUCUUAUCUGUUGGCAUUAACAACCAAACUGCUCUCAACAGCAGUGAAAUAUUAAGGAUACGAACAGAUCUACAAACCCCACAAAAUUUAAACGUAACUGGAGUUACUACAAACUCAUUUCAUCUAAAAUGGGACAUAGUAUAUCAAGCAACUUCAUACAUCAUAAAAUAUUAUGAAAAUGUCACAUUAGCUAUUUCAUAUGAAAGAAUGUCAAGUGAUCCAGAAAUAGUGAUCAGUGGUACAAUCCAUCCUGGCCGUGAAUAUAUCGUCACUGUAAUGGCUGUAAGUGAUCAUGGGAUAAUGAGCAAUGAGAGUCAACCAAUAACUGUUUAUACAAUGCUUGAAGCACCAUCUUGGUUAGUUGGCAAUAACGAAACUUCAAACAGUGUGAAUUUAGUGUGGCAGCAGGUCUACGGUGCUUCUGCUUACAAGGUUGCCAUCACCAGUGAAGGUGGCGAACAAUAUACUAAUGUGUUAACAGCAGUGAAUAUGAAAGUCAUCAGAAAUCUUCAACCUGCCACGUAUUAUUCAUUUAGAAUAAAAUCGAUCGGUACCAACUCACUGUCGAGUGUCGGUUGGAGUCCCAUAAUAAACACCAUGACAAUCCCUCUCGUUCCAAGUGGAGUUAAAACAAAAAAUUUAUCCUCAAGUUCAUUUACACUAAUAUGGAAUCAAGUUUCAGGUGCCUCCAGUUAUUCAGUCCAUGUGUUUCAAAAUGUGAAUGAAAUAUUUUUAUCUUAUUUGGUGGAAACAAACAAAGUUGAGGUGAUGGGUCUUGCACCAGCAACACUCUAUAUCUGUCAUGUCAGAGCCACCAAUAGAUUAAACAUGAGCAGUGAUGUUGCAAAUAUUCUUCAGAGGACAGCUCCAUUACCACCCACCAAUGUAGAAGUUCUGCUUGUUCGUCCAAAUUUGAUUUCAAUUUCAUGGAAUGCAGUGAAUGGUGCAACUCACUAUAAAGUUAACAUACUUUCUCCAUUCACAAACCUUACUGUUGUAACCAGGGAUACAAACUUUACUUUCAAUGAACUUAACUAUGGGACAAUGCAUGAAAUAUUCUUAAUAUCUUUGUCUCAAGAAAAUAUAACAAGUCGCCCAAGUUCCAUCAUCAGACAACAAACCAUGCUCCCAAUACCACGAAAUGUGAAUGCUACUUCAUCUAAUCUUUCUUCGAUUCACCUUACAUGGAAUCCAGUACAAAAUGCCAAUCAUUACAAAGUGUAUGUGUCGAGGUAUGGUGAAAACUUAAGCACAACUAUAAACCUUGAGCGAUCGAUUGACAGAGUUUCAACAUCCAGUGUUACAGUGCAUGACCUCACACCAAGGUUAAGGUACUUGUUUCAAGUAGCAGCAGUUAGUGUGGAAGGUUUGGAAAGUGACCGGAGUUUAUCCUUUAUUAUGGAAACAUAUGUUCCAACUCCUGUUCUUCCAAUAUCAUCAUUACCUCUCAUCGAUGCAAGCAAUAUUUCCAAAACAUCUUUUCUUCUUCAUUGGAAUGAGAUCGAACAUGCUGUGUCAUACAUUGUUGUUCUACGCAGUUAUGAAAAUGUGAAUGAAAUAGAAGUGAGUGGAGCCAGAAACACCAGCGUUAUGAUCCAAGGAGUUAACACAGAUACUUAUUUUAACAUCACAAUAAAAGCGGUAAAUGUUCUCGGUGAAGCAACAGCUGAAAGUUUCCCUCCUACAAUGAUUAAAACUUUACCGCCACCACCACUUGCUCCUAUAAAUCUUCGAACAACUUCAGUAGGACCCUCGUUUAUAGAAAUAACAUGGGACCUUGUUUCUCGUGCGAUGUAUUAUGUUGCAACAAUCACUGAAGAAUCGACAGGAUCAAGUCACAUUUUAGAAAAUAUUCAUGGAAAUUCAACAGUCAUUACAAGAGUGCAGGUGGCCUUAUUUUAUACCAUCACUAUCACAGCUGUUGGAGAAUAUGAGAGUUCACCCCCCAGUGAAAUAUUACGCGUACAAGCAAAGUUCCCAACACCCGUUAUAAGACGAAACUUUGGAAAUUCUACAAUUCGUGCUAGUAAUGUAACACACUCAUCUAUGGUGUUAAGUGUGGAGAGGGUAGACAAUGCUGUUUCUUAUGUCAUUGUUGUAAAAAAUGGAAUUACUCAAGUAAAACGUAUUCAAAAUGUAACAGCAGAGAACCCUACAUUAGUAUCUGGUUUGGUUUAUAGCACAGCUUAUAACAUCACGUAUUUUGCAAUUGGUCGUGACAGUGAAUAUUCAAAUGAAAGUGAUCCAAUAACAAUAACAACCUCUGUAGUGGUUCCAAGCCUUCCACGUGAUUUUCAAGUAGUUGACGUGAAUUCACAAUAUGUUAAUAUCACAUGGAAGCCAUCUGAACAUGCGAUCGGAUAUCAAAUCCGGGUAGAAAACCAAAGAACUGGUCGAACUAGAACAUACAACAAUGCAGUUUCAUCAUUUAUUUUACGUGGGCUGAAGCUCAGAGAAACUUACAGGAUUUCUAUUGCAUCCGUUGGAAUUUACAUUAAUUCUGAAUUCACAAUACCGGUGAUGGUGACAAUACCAUAUCCAUCAGCACACAUGGUGAGGGGGGUGAUUAUUAAUCGAAUCACAAGUUCUGGGUUUCGUGUUCAGUGGCAUCCAGCUGCAUAUGCUGCGCGAUAUCGAAUUUUGAUUCAAGUUGAUGACUUGAAAUACAUGGAGAUCAGGGGCUUAGGAACAAGUCAAUUCACAGUAAAUACAUUGAACGAAAACUACACAUAUAACGUAUCUGUUGUGUCAGUGAGUGAUGAUGGAGGCAUCACCUUAUCCGAUGAGUGGACAUCGGUUAGAACAUUGAUAUCACCAGUUGGUCCAAGGAGUGAAUCUGGCAACUAUGCUCUAAUUCAAAAGAAAUUUGAAAGUUCCCUUGGAUUAAUUAUUUCAAUGCUUCAAAGACCAAUACCACCAACACCACAGCUGAAUCGCAGGAUUGUAAUUAAAGCUACAAGAAAUAUUCUAAGUUUACAAAAUUCCAUUCUUUCUAUGCUUUCUGGAGCCCAAGUCACCACUAAGUCAUCAGCAGUGUCUCAAUAUUCUUCAACAAUGACAUUUCGGAAACUUCUUUUAUUGGCAAAUGAAGUACAUAGUUUAAAAUCACAGGAAGUGCAGAGCAAUACAUCAAUAUCAACCAUUGUUCAAAAAUUAAAUGAAUAUCUUUCUUUAAUAAUUAUGAUGUCAUCAGAUGCCACCUUUUAUAAUGUUACAAUAUCACAAGUGAAAUCUGCAUUGGAACCAAAUAUUCAAAGCCAGAUAGAAAAUGUGAUUGUACGAGGGGAUUCACCUAUAAUUGUACAGCUUCGCUCUGUAGCAACUGAAAGAGUGAUCUCUACAUUUAUCCCAAGUGGUUUUAUAACAGCUACCAGUUUAAGAGUACUUUGGGCAGCAUAUAGAAAUUCACAUAGGUAUCAUGUCAUGUUACAUAAAUUGCAAAAUGAACAAAGGAUACUUGUGGAUCAAACAAUCCAAGCUAGAAGAUUUGCUACAUACACUAACUUGGAGAGUGGGACGCGUUAUUUUGUUACUGUAUACCCAUCUACAAUAAGUGGAAUAAUUAUUCCUGGUGCAGUUGGAAGAGCUUCAACCACCACACUUGAAUCAACUGAAUUAGUUUCACGAAAUACAACAAUUUCAACCACUAUAACGUCAGUGGGUCCCCAUCAUGUCACUUUGUCAUGGCAACGAAGAGCUGGUGUUGCAAACUCUCUGAUAUUUUUUUUAAGAAUGGGUGGAAUGCCAGCAAUUUUACAGCGUAAGCUAGUCAGUAGAUAUCAUUCUAGCAUAACAUUUCAAUCACUCCGUCCUGAUACUAACUAUUUAAUUACUGCUCAUUCUCUGUUAAACACAACAUUACUGUUGCGUGCAUCAGUAACAACGAGUAGGAGAAUACCAUCAUUAGAAGAAGCAAUAACAGACAACUAUGACCGGUCACUUGUACCUCCCACUGGUCUAGUGGUUUUGAGCUCAACCACAGAGUCUGUAUUGCUUCAAUGGAAUCUUGUAGCACCUGGCUUACAAUACAAUGUCCGCUUAUAUAAAGCUGGUACUAACGUCCUCAGCGUCUUCCGGCAAAAAAUUCGACAAACACAAAUAACUAUGUCACAACUUCGACCGGGGAGAUAUGAAGCUACUGUGUCAUCUUAUGAUCCAUUAUCUAAGGAAGAAUCGUCAGAAAGUCCUCGUGUUUCAGUGAAUCUUUAAAAUUCAUUGACAAUUUCAUAAAAGUUAAUUUUAAAAUGAGCUUGUUCCAAUGCUACAAAUAUGAUAUUAUUGUUUUGCAAAUGAACAAUUUGUUUGAAGAUACAAAAUAAAGUUAUUACCAUUGAUAAAUG